UUACGUCAUCCGACCCUGACGAGCCUCACGUUUUCCACCGUGACCUCAGACUGAUGCACACAUCUUAGCGUUAGCUGCUGCCUGUUUAUAUAUAUAAAAAGAAUAUAUAAGAAAAUAAAUCAAGUUGUGUCGUUGUUCCGAUUGUUAUAGACUGGCUCGCCGUCUGUGGCUGGCUCACAGCUAAUCUGAGCGGAGCACGGCUGAAGACAUGGCCGCUAUCGAGGAGCUUUCACCGGCCGCGGGCCCGGUGUCCACCCGGCCCCCCGAGGACGAGAUAGACGACGACGAAGAUGAAGACCUGGAUGAGACACUAAUGGAGAGGUUGUGGGGCCUGACAGAGAUGUUCCCUGACACAGUUCGCACAGCUGCUGAGGUGUCUGCACACUGCUCUGUGUCGCUGGCCAAGAAAUUUUACAGUUUUUCCCGCUCUGCGCUCUGGGUGGGCACUACCUCCUUUAUGAUCCUGGUGCUGCCUGUUGUAUUUGAAACGGAGAGACUACAGCUGGAGCAGCAGCAGCUUCAACAGCAGAGACAGAUUCUGUUGGGACCGAACACUGGAAUGUCUGGUGGAAUGCCGGGGAUGAUGCCUCCUGCACCCGGCAAAAUGUGAACGACCUGAGAUCUGCUGCAAGGCGAUACAGCCAGGUUACUCACAAGGAGAGACAGAGAGACCACGGAGAAGAACGAAGAAUUAGUUUUUUGUUUUUUUGUUUUUUUUAACCAUAAAGGCAGAAGCUGAAUGUCAGCUGUGUGGUACAAGGCUCACUCCAGCACGCCGUGUUGGAACAGAGGAGGAUGCAUCUCUCACUGUCUCUCCUUACUCCUAACAUCAUGCACAGACUGAUUUUCACGAGCACUGCUUAUAUUUUCAUGUUUUUUUUUUUUAAAUAAACAUUUAUGUCAGCAUCUAUAAUGUGUUCCUUAGGGGUUUAGCAGGUGGGAACAAUGAAAAGAGUUGUAUGUCUUGGUGUUUGCAGUCAGAGAAGCAGUUGACUGUUUCUGGUGAAUUGGGACAACUUCAGACAUAUAAAUGUCCAUAGUGUAUAGCAUUUGUAUCUGUACAUUUGUCACAAUUCACCAUUGCACUGUCUGUAUGUGAAAGUAUACUGUUUCCCACUUUGACCGUCCUUGGGCUGUACACAAUAGAUUGUAUUCAGUACAAUCAACUUCCAUACUGUUAAGAUUCAGCACAGUUUAUGUUCUGUCACAGUGUGUGGGAUGCAAAAUCAUUUCUUUUAACAAUGGGAAAUGUGAGUCUUUUUGAUGGUUGAUACCAAUGUUAAUCACCUUUGUUCACUUGUAAGAGAAUGUUAUGUUUGGGUUUUCUCUCAUUCUUGCAACAAAUCAGCCUCUUGCUCCCCAAGUGAUAUCAUGCCUUUUCUGUGUUGAACAUGACUGCAAAAAUUAAAACACCAGAUCAAGACCAAAAUGUUGUUUGCUGUGAA